CAUGCAUCCGUGCGCUGCAGUGACAGAGAAGAGGGAGUGUGUGAGAAUCUUGGCGAUCGAGGUCCGAUACAUCCACGGUUGCGGUUCGGAAGCUUGGCGUGCGUGAAAAAGCGUUUGUGACAAGUGUGGCUAUAGCUUUGUAGGUGUUCAUUCGGUUUUUGUCCUUCGGGUGAUUGCAGGUUGUUGCGGUGGGUGUUGCGUGGAGGUGUCGCUGUUGUUGUUGUUAUUACUGCGCGUGGACCCAGCCCUCGGGAUUGUCCCACGAAGCCGUCUAGCCUAUAUCACGUGAUAAUCCGUGACAGUGGGAUGUGCCACGCUCCUCGAGAACCACAACAAACAAGAUUAAGAAUCCAAAACCCAUGGGCUAAAUCAUCCGCGGCGCACCACAAAAUCACCACCGAGUUCAGCGAGAGGUUGGUCACCGGAGGCGAAGAUAUCUGCAUUAACGGUUAAGAGGACUUGUGCAAACCAUCUACUUCAAGUCAACCCAGUUGACUGCAAUUGAACCGAAUACUACACGUGGAAGUAACUGUCUGAUAGCGAUGUCGUCAUCCGAUGCGGAGGCGGCGUCUGUGUCUGCCGCAGUACCUCUGGAGGCGACCAGGGGGCGCCGUGGCGCCGUGCGCCGGAACCUCUUUGGCCCCGUGGACCACCAGCAGCUUCGGGAGGACUUCCAGCGGCUGCUGAGCAUGACCGUCGACUCGGCCGCCCGCCGCUGGGACUUCGACUUCCUGUCCGACCGGCCAGUCGCCGGCGGGAAGACAGACUCCGCCCUUGAAUGGGAGGAGCUACGAGGGCAGGACGUGCCGGCGUUCUACCGCAGCCGGGUGGUGCGGAGGGCCAAGAGAGGCUGGAGCGUCACCGCGGCGACUUCCUCUUCCUCCACUGCGGCAGCCGCCUCUCCGGGACUCGCACCCCUGUCCCUUGCCUUCUCCUCCUUCUCCUCCUCUUCCUGCUCCUCUUCCUCCUCCUCCUCCUCCUCGCGCUCCUCCUCGCCCUCCCCCGGCUCGUCAGGCGAGGGGUCUCCCUCGCUGGUCGGCAGGGGCCUGAAGCGCGGCAUCAGUGCUCUCGGCGGCGUCACCUUGACGACCAAACGCAGACAGGCCUCCAUCACAGAUUUCUUCGUGGUGAGGAAGAGGCGUCGUCUGCACCACAAAGCUCCUUCCCGCCAGUAGUGGGCGCUCAACACACAGUACCCACGGCAACGCAGGACCGAGCUGCCGUCGCCACGACAACCCUGAGUGGAAACACACUCUGUAGUGGACAGAGACAAUAGACUCAUACCGGACAACUUAUACUGUAUAUACAGUAGAUAUGUCUAUGGAUGGAACUCUCCUCUUCUAUCCUCUCUUCUACUCUUUCAACCUCUUUCCAGUGACACGCCAAGUUGUGUCGUUAAUCGUUAUACUGUGAAACAGGACAAUAAUUCCAGUCAUUGUGUGACAGUGUGUGUGUGUGAGUGUGUGUGUGUUCCAGUUUGAAGCUUAUCAUAUUAAAGCUAGAGUAUGUAGGAUUGCAGCCAGAGUAGACAUCACAACUACGUAUACUGCUCAUUCCCAAAUGUUAUGUUUUCAUAUUUACUCAGUAAUAAACUAAUAUUUACUGGUAUGACCAAAGUACAUGUACGUUUUGCUUUUCUUACUGGAAAAUCAAAAUGGCGCACAAGGAGAAGAUACACCUUUUUAUGAAUAAUUUUUACUAACAUUUGUGAAUGGGCAGCAUACAUUUUAGGAGGAAAACUAAAAAAAAAAUACAUACUCUUCCUUUAAAGCUCUAAUGAUGUAGCAUUGCCUUUUCUCUCCGGGCCUCUCACGACCUCCUCUGAGCGUGAUGGUGUGUUUCUAGAUGAAGGGAAUGUGUGUGUGUGUGUGUGUGUGUGUGUGUGUGUGUGUGUGUGUGUGCAUGUGUGUGUGUGUGUGUGUUAUCCUCUAAACAGGGAAUUGUAAUCAGCAUGUGUGCUGGUCUGUAGCUGUGUGUGUGUGUGUGUGUGUGUGUGUGUGUGUGUGUGUGUGUGUGUGUGUGUGUGUAUGUGUGUGUGUGUGUGAGUGUGUGUGUGUGUGUGGUUGUAUACUUCUUUGGCAGCUAUUUUUGGGUUAUGAAAGUGUUCGAUUUGUGUUUUUAAAUUGCUGUUCGACCAAAGACACACACACACACACACACACACAC